GGCGGAGGGACUAUAAUGCACUUAAGCUUACGCUGCCUAAAUCAUGUCUAAUUCUAAUUACUCAAGGAGCAUAAAUUCUAGUUUCACUUCAAAGAAGAUCAGCAAAAUGCUGUUGACAACAACCUGUAGAAAACAAAUAAACAACCGCAGCAAAUGGCGAAAUCUUGGUAUAGAGAAAACAAGGGAGUGGCGGCAAGCAGAAAAAAAGAGCUAUGGAUGUAGCACAAGAGGUUAUGGAAGUUGGACGUUGAGUGAGAUUUCAAAGCCAUUGGUCUGUUAAGUGUUAUUCUUAUCUUGCAUUUUCUCCGUAACAUAUGCUCCUUCACCAACACCAAAAAAAAAAAAAAAAAAAGAAAACCACCACCACCACAUACACUAUAUUGUCAUCUUGACCAUCUUUUGUAAUAUCCUAUAUUUAAUUUUUGAGAGUGUAAGUGAUGAAUUAAUCCAAUAAAAGAAACUAAGAUAGGAGGGUAGAUAAAAUUGGAACAGAAAGUUGCUUAUUUAAAGGGAAAAAAAUGAAAGCUUUAGAGUUCCAUAGAAACAAAUCCGAAAUGAAAUGAAUAGUGUAGCCUAUCUUCUCACCAUGAAGGUGGCAGCUUGUUCCUGUGAUCCAACCCUUGACCGCUGCACAUGGUAACAGCUCUUAUCAUACCUAUCUUGCAAUCCUGCCAAAAAGAUUAACAAAUGUGCUUAUAGCGUAGCUAGCUGCUGCUGACAAAGUGGGAGUUUUCUAUAUGCUCCUGUUCUGUGAUUUCUCCAUGUUCUUUUCAUCAUUGCUUUUCUUCGUUGUAUCUUAUGGAGUAGUAUUACUGCUUUUCUCGCUUCAUUUUAUAUUUCAUUUUUUCUCUUGAUUAUGUUGGUAUUGAGUCCACGUAUUUUCCCCUCAAGUUAUUAUUACAGCUGCUAUACUUCUAACUACCCGAUUCAUUUCUAUAUUUUUUUUUUGGUUAACUACCUGAAUCUAUUUCUUUUCGCAAUUUCAUGCGCUAUUUGGUGAUUUUAUUGAUUAUUAGCAUCUCUCCCUGAAGCUGCGCUUACUGCGAUUCAAGCGCAUACCCACCCUGCAGAUGUGAAGCAUGUUGGUAGUGGUCUGCUGAAAAACGUUCUUAUCACUGCUACACCGUUGGUCAUUAUGCUGUUCAAUCGACUUUGUGGGAGAUGGACGUGUGACUGCCACCUUUAGAGCUCGGAAGAUUGAUCACAAGAAUGGGGGUUGAUGAGGAUGUUGCUCACAAGAUACCAGGAGGAGCGGCUUUUAAAGUCGGACCGGUAGAAAAACUAUAAAAUGAAAUGUUUAGAUAGACUUUGUAACAUUUCGUAUAAAUUCUCUGUGUCUUCCUCAUGAAUUUACAGAUUAUGUUCAUCGGAAACGAAGAAAAAUAUUCUGGAAACUUGAAACUUGGAUUAUCAUUCAACAUAACCGUAUUUACAAAUCAUCAUUUCUAUAUAUAUACAUUCAAUCUUCUAGAAUACGCCAGCUAAGUAACUUUACUAAACCGACUUAAUUUGCAGAAUUAAUCCUAGUCAUUCAAUCCUGUAACCGACUUAAGAUCGAUCGGUUGCUGCUCUUCAAUUCAAACUCUUCUUCCCGCCAAGGUCUGUUGCUAAGAUCAGGAGAAAGAGGAAAGUCUUGUUGUAGAUUAAUCCAAGUAAGCUGAGCUGUCUGAGUUGAAAUUAAACCAGAAUCUUUCAUUUCCUUCACCCCCUCCUCAAGAUGAGCGUUCCAUAAGCUCAUCUUAGACAACAAGAACUUAAAAAUUGAGGAAGAAAGGGCCUUGGUGAACAAAUCUGCAAGCUGCAACUUGGUAGAAACAUAGGAAGGCCACGGCCAUGUUUACGCGCUACAAAUAAAGUAGGGAGAAGAGACGUACAUGUUCUGAAUUAAAGAAGAGCAACCUGCACCACAUCCAGUUCCAGCAGAUGAGCCUCUAACUUCAAGCCGUCUUCCGUUGCCUUUCACUUUAUACAGCGAAAGUC